AUGGCAGAGUCGGCAGAAAACAAAUUCGCCAUCCACGAAGCAGCCCGAGAUGGCAAGACCCAAGUGGUCGAGUCCCUCCUAAAUGCAAACCCCAAACUGGCCUCCCUCCGCGACCAGGAUGAAAGACUUCCUCUCCACUGGGCCAUAGCCUUCGCCCACCUCGAUAUUGUCAAACUCCUCGCAGCCACCCGCUCCUUUGACCCCGACGCCGAAGACGGUGCAGGCUGGACCCCUCUUGCCAUCGCUGCCUCUCUCAAAGACAAUUCCGGGCUGCCCAUGAUCGAGCUCCUCCUCUCCAAAGACGCCGACCCCAAGAUUGCCACACACACAGGCGUCACGCCUUUACAUCUGGCCGUGUCAAAGAAUAACCUGGACGUCUGCAAAACUCUUUUGAAACACGGUGUGAGUGCGAGGGUCAAGGACAAGCGGGGCCAGUUACCCCUCCACCGCGCCGCCGCCGUGGGAUCUGUCCCGCUUGUGAAACUGCUGCUGGAGAACAAGUCGCCCAUCAACGCCACGGACAUGGACGGGCACACGGCUCUACAUCAUGCAAUCAGUGAAGGACAUGGCGAUGUGGCUGUAGAGCUGCUCAAAGCAGGAGCGGAGACGGAUAAAAGGGACCAUGAAGGGAGACUGGCCAUUGACUGUGCACCGGAUGGUAAGGUUAGGUCGCAUAUCUUGAAAGCAGCAGAGAGGGAAGGCAUCGAAUUCGCCUGA